CCCAGCUGUUCCUUGCUCCGCCCACCCGGGGGCGGGCGAGGAGCUGCGCACGCGCGGGGACGCGCGCCCGGCCUGUCGCUGUGGAAACCGCUAGGCCAGCGCUCCCCGGGACCUGCAAUCCCUGCACGCCGAGGCGGGAGCCGGUGGACCGUUCCCCCAGCCGGCCCCCACCUCCGCUUCCCGGUGUUUGAGGGUUCGGGCCUCCCGCCGGGGAGUUCACCCCUCGGUCUCGUCAGUAGGGCUGUGGCUGUCGCCUCUUCCUGCAGCGCCAGGCUCCGCCCGGUCUCACAGUCGGCUUAGGUGCUUUGCGUGCACUGCGGUUGGGUGGAAAAACCCACUCCUGGUUGUUUAGACGUUGGCCUGCAGAAGAUGUCAUUUCUGUAUUCCUCUAAGGGUAAGAAAGCCAGCCUUGCGCUGGUGGAGACGUGAGUAGGGAGAGAAUCGUCUACCCUUUGGGGACAUUCGUACCCUUACGUGCUGUGGGGCUUCCUAACAAGAUUGUAGGCAGUUACUGAUCUCUGGGGAGAGGAGUAUUCCUGUCCAGGAAGAAUAAUUGGAUAAACGUGCCGUCCUUCUUCCUAAACAGAGUGGAAUCUGUAAGCAGGCCAAGAGAGCAUCCAGGCGGCUUGGAGUGGAAUAGAGGGCUCUAGAGCGGGUGUCUCAAAGAGGAAACAGAAUGUAUGUCAAAACAUACUAUCCAAAACUGAAGAUAGCCGGGCAAGGUGGCUCACGCCUAUAGCCCCAGCACUUUGGGCGAAUCACCUGAGGUCAGGAGUUCGAGACCAGCCUGGCCAAGAUGGCGAAACCCCGUCUCUACUGAAAAUACAAAGAUUAGCUGGGCAUGGUGGUAGGCACCUGUAAUUCCAGCUACUCGGGAGGCUGAGGCACGAGAAUCGCUUGAACCCAGGAGGCGGAGGUUGCAGCGAGGGGAGAUCCCGCCACUGCACUGCAGCCUGGGCGACAGAGGGAGACUCUGUUUCAAAAGAAAAAAAAAACUGAAAAUGCAGGAAGUCAUUAUGCAACUUACACAUAUUCAUCAGAUUUCCUCUGACUUACCCGGACAUGUACGUGGGAAUGAUGUGCACUGCCAAGAAAUGUGGGAUUAGGUUUCAGCCUCCAGCUAUUAUCUUAAUCUAUGAGAGUGAAAUCAAGGGGAAAAUUCGCCAGCGCAUUAUGCCAGUUCGAAACUUUUCAAAGUUUUCAGAUUGCAACAGAGCUGCUGAACAAUUAAAGAAUAAUCCCCGACACAAGAGUUACCUAGAACAAGUAUCCCUGAGGCAGCUAGAGAAGCUAUUCAGUUUUUUACGAGGUUACUUGUCGGGGCAGAGUUUGGCAGAAACAAUGGAACAAAUUCAACGGGAAACAACCAUUGAUCCUGAGGAAGACCUGAACAAACUAGAUGACAAGGAGCUUGCCAAAAGAAAGAGCAUCAUGGAUGAACUUUUUGAGAAAAAUCAGAAGAAGAAGGAUGAUCCAAAUUUUGUUUAUGACAUUGAGGUUGAAUUUCCACAGGACGAUCAACUGCAGUCCUGUGGCUGGGACACAGAGUCAGCUGAUGAGUUCUGAUACCAAACACUCAAAACAUGCAUUGGGCUAGCAGAAUAUCCAUGUUUAUUACCAGACUGGUUCUGGAAGAAGCUGUAAAGAAUACUAAAUAUGUUGGGUUAUAGGGGAUUGACCAUGUUACUUUUCAAAACCAGGACAUUUAAAGCAUCUACUAUGUAGGUGCAUGAGGAAUAUGGGAAAAACAGAAUAAAGGAAUCUGCCUUUAAGGAGCUUACAAUCAUGCCGGGCGCGGUGGCUCACGCCUGUAAUCCCAGCACUUUGGGAGGCCGAGGCGGGUGGAUCACCUAAGGUCAGGAGUUCGAGACCAGCCUAGCCAACAUGGUGAAACCUCGCCUCUACUAAAAAUACAAAAAUUAGCUGGGCGUGGUGGCGGGUGCCUGUAAUCCCGGCUACUCAGGAGGCUGAGGCAGGAGAUUCGCUUGAACCUGGGAGGCGGAGGUUGUAGUGAGCUGAGAUCGCGCCAUUGUACUCCAGCCUGGGCGAUGAGCAAAACUCCAUCUCAAAAAAAAAAAAAAAAAAAGCUUACAAUCUGACUGGAAGAUGUCAAAACCUGUGAAAAGCUAAUUAGCAGUAUUAAGCAACACAAACAUUAGCGCCAAAUGCAUGAUAAAGGCUAAAGAAGGCCAGAGCGUAUAUUACUGUAGAGUAGAAUAGUAAGGGAAGACUUUGUCCUUUAGUAAAGAGAGAGGAGGUGGCCUGGCCCUUGAAAUAGUAGUGUUUAGGUAGAUGCUUGUGUAGGAUUCCUGAUAAGAGCAACUGAAAAGAAGGAGAGGGGAAGUAGUAAAGGGACAAGAAACAAUUUUUUUUUUGAGGAACCAUAAGCAAGUUAUAGUUUGACAAGAUUGGGGGACAUAUAUGGUUACCAGGGAAUUACCUCUUAUGUGUUAUAUCUUUAUAUUAUUUAUCUCUGGAAAAGAGUACCCUGCAAAAUUCCCUACAGCUGCAAGCAGAUGUCACUUGAUGGACAGAGGGGGAAUUCUGCCCCUCCGGUAUCAGGAAAUACAUACUAAGACAUUGCGAAACGCUGAACCUCUUCCCAUAAAUAAAAGGUUUGUUUGUAAAAUGGGAAAUCCACCCAUAAUAAAUGAACACUAGGCACUGCCAGUUUAGGCCUGUUCAUGAAUGGAUCUGCAAGAGAGCAUCUUCAUUUAACAACAUUAUCUGUGAUUUGAUACAUUUAUCCUUAUUACAAUAUUGUUUAGUUGGUAGAAAUUCUAUGUUUUCUACAAGGAAAUUGAUGUUUAUUAAAUAAAACUGAAAAUAAUUA